UGUCUUAGCAACCAGUCUUAUGUCAACAGCUGUGCCUCGUGGAACGCUGUUCUUGUAAUGUAGACGUUGGGAAUUAUUGGGAAAGACGUCUUAAUUUAGGCCAGCAACUGAGGGAGCGGGAGGAACGAUAAGAGGAUCGAGCUCGUUUUGUAACGGCCAAUGCCUCUCAUCAAUCUUUUUUCUAGGAUUGUUAUCAUUUCGAGUUGAAUUGGCGGUUUGGUAACUUUAAAAGGAAAAAUCUAAAUUUACGGAUUCUCAAGAAUCUGCUCAAAACCACGUUGUCAGGGUUCUGCGUCUCUCCCAUUCCCCAGGAGAACAUUUAUAGUCCUGGGAAACUUAAGACGGAACAUUAUGUUUGACCCGGAACGAUAGUUACUUGGAUAUGGUUCUACAGCCGGACACCUUUAGAAAUCGCACUUAACUGCCCAAGAUGGCGGCGCGGGCUUUGCUGUGCUUAUGGGGGAGACACGUUCCUCCAAUGCUUGUUAUAGGAGCAGACCGAACCGUCCUUUGCCGAGCCUGUGUUCUUCGUGCUUACACUUCUGAUUUCCGGAGCGAAUACAGCCUGGACAAACUCUACCCCCCGCAACAAAAAGGCUGCGACAACAACGCGGAUUUAACGAAAAAGAGUGUUCCUGAUAUUCCUGUAGAUCGCUUAUCUGUAUCUUAUUGCCGUAGUAGUGGCCCAGGAGGCCAGAAUGUUAACAAAGUGAAUACGAAAGCAGAGGUCCGAUUCCAUUUGGCAUCUGCAGACUGGAUUGCAGAAGAUGUGAGACAGAAAAUGGCAGUUAUGCACAAGAAUAAGAUCAGCAGAUCCGGGGAGCUGAUUAUUACCUCUGAAGUGAGUCGGUAUCAGAUGAGGAAUUUGGCAGAUUGCUUGCAAAAGCUCAGAGACCUGAUUGCAGAAGCCACUGAGAAGCCUCAAGUACUAUCCACAGAAGAUGUACAGGUCAUCAGAGAAAGGGUGGAGAAAAUUAAUCGUGAACGUCUCCGACAAAAAAAAAUUCACUCUGCUUUGAAGCAGAGCCGGCAUGUGGACUUUGAAUGAACUGAGAAGAAAGAUACUGGCUCACUUUCCCCUGUUUCUUGAAGAAAGCAAACCACUUUCACCAGUUCUUCAUGUAGAAGUAAACCAUGUGGCCUGUCUGCUUUUUUUUAUUAUUAAUGUAAAGGACCGGUGUCUUGAAUAAAACUUUUAAUAUUGCUCUUGGAAUAUGAA